AUGGAUCCUAACUGGGCCUUGUUAGAUUCGUUUAAUGUACAGGAUGACACUGAAUUGUUUGAAGAGGCUUUAAUACCUCCCGAGAACUUCAAUAUGGUCUGUGAGCACGUGUAUCGUUCUUCCUUUCCCAAAAAGAAGCACUACAAGUUUCUAGAAAAGUUAAAAUUAAAAAGUGUCUUAACGUUAAUCCUAGAAGAAUAUCCUGAACAGAACAUGAAGUUUUUAGAGGAACAGAAUAUUCAGUUUUUACAGUUUGGCAUUGCAGGAAACAAGGAACCCUUUGUGCAAAUCCCCGAAGACAAGAUCAGUGCAGCACUAGCUGCUCUAUUAGAUAAACGCAACCAUCCGAUAUUAAUCCAUUGUAACAAGGGAAAGCAUCGCACAGGUUGCUUAAUUGGUUGUUUAAGAAAGAUUCAAAAUUGGAGCCAUACAUCGAUAUUUGAUGAAUACCGUCGUUUCUCACACCCAAAGUCAAGAUCAAUGGAUCAACAAUUCAUUGAAUUAUAUGAUGCCAAGCAGGUUUGGCCACUGGUUGAUAAAAGGCAUUUACCAAAUUGGCCUACCUUGGCCGACCCUUAUUAA